GAAAAACGCUGGAUUUGUGAAGGUUAAAAGAAAGCCAGCGUUAUUGCUGCAGUGUAAACAAACAGAGGACAAGUGACAGCCGUCUGCCCCUCGAGGUGUGGCACGAGAGUGGGCGUGUCUCAUAAAUAAUACCAAGCAGGGCUCACAUAACCCCGCCCGUUUCUCGCCGCUCUUGUGCUCGUGUGACGUCACAUGAUCCACCCGUGUCCGUUCCAUCUGAGCUUGCUAGAGGAGAGGACACGGCUGGACACACACACGCGGAUGCAAAUGAGCAAAAAAGUCCAGCCAGAGAAGAAGAAGAAGGAAGAAACGACCCCGCCCACUCCACGCCGUCCCUCCUCCCACCUUCCCCGCCACGGACAAGUCAGCGCGAGCACAGCAGAGAAGAAACAUCAACUUGUCAUUUCAACGACAACACCGACGGUUUUUCCCUCCUCGUCCAUUUUUUAUUUGGCCUGAAUUUCCUGUGGAUAACAUUCUCCUUUUUCCUUGCCGUUGUUGGCGCAUUUUUAUUUUUAUUUUUGCUUAGUUUUUCGUCCCACACUGAGGAGUGCAAUGGAAUACUUGGAAACGAGGAAAUAAAGGGAGCCUACUUGUCAUCACAUAAAGUCAUCCAAACUUCUAUUGGUCAAAUCGCCCCCACCCCCACCCUACAGGUGUCUCACCCCCACCGUGUGGUCCAGGAUGUCCAGGCAGCUCACCCAGCAGCUUCCCACCCCGGACUUGCCUGCCGGCGCCAGCCCGCAGUUUGGGACUUGCACCCAGCCCGCGGGCACCCUCACAGGGGGGCACCUCAGCUCCAUGGCGGGGCUCAAGUCCCUCCUGCAGCACCCCAUGAAGGGGGACCAGAGGCUGAGAAGCCCCUGUGAUAUCAAAGACAAAGACCGAGCUCUGGACCUGGAUGAGGACUCGUUGGGGGUGUGCCCCAUGAGGAACGCAGCCGGAAUAAGCGGCAACGGCGGCUGCAACGGCGCAAGCGGAAGCGGAAGCGGGAAUUUCAACCAGUUCCUGGGGCCUCUCUUGUGGGAUCGCACCCUGGCCGCCGACGGGGGCCUCUUCCAGCUGCAGUACAUGGACUUGGAGGAGUUUCUGACCGAAAACGGAAUGGGCAACAUGCACAGCAACAACAGCUCCAGCUCGGCCCAGAUCCCCUCCCAGAGCUCCCAGUCGGCGGUGCCCAACCAGAGCUCCCAGUGCCUGCCGCCCUCGUCUCCGCCCGGCUCUUCGUCCUCGUCGCCCUCGUCCUCGUCUUCUCCGUCUCUUCUGGGUUUGGAGGUGGCGCAGCCUCAGAGCCUCACGGGGGCCAGCGACUGUCUUCACGGGAGCCAGACGAGUAUGAACGACUCCUGCGAGUCCCCAUCCUCCUCCUCCUCCCCGUCGUCCUCCUGCCCGCCCCUGCUGACGCCCACGGGCAGCGGACCGGACGGGAUGGGGAUGUUUGACAUGGACCCGUCGGACAUCAUUCUGUCCAACGGGCCCGGGCAGCAGAACUUCGACCCCAGGAGGCAGUCGUUCAGCGAGGAGGAGCUCAAGCCGCAGCCCAUGGUGAAGAAGGCGCGCAAGAUCCUGGUGCCGGAUAACAUGAAAGAUGAGAAGUACUGGAGCAGGAGAUACAAAAACAACGAAGCGGCCAAGCGCUCCCGAGACGCCCGCCGCCUCAAGGAGAACCAAAUAUCGGUGCGCGCCGCCUUCUUGGAGCGGGAGAACGCCGCCCUGCGACAGGAAGUGGCGGAGAUGCGCAAAGAACUGGGGCGCUGCCGCAGCAUCCUUAGCAAAUACGAGAACCGUCUCGCCGACCAGUGAUGACGACGACGACGACGAUGGAUGACGACGACGAUGAUGAUGAAGGCGCGCCAAAGCAACGGAAUAGAAAAAUAAGCUGAAAGAUUCUUUCUUUUGAAGACUUUUGGGGGGAUGGACAGACACGGGCUGAUGAUGAUGAAUGUAUGAGGAUGGAGGACGGAGGAGUGCCGCUCAGGUGUUUUGUUGUUGUUUGUUGUUGAGGCUCUUAAAGGUGACGGACGGAGAGAAUCAUUUCACAGACGUGACUUUUAAGGCUUUUGCUAUUGGAGAAUUGUAUAUUUUUAUAACACUUGUGAAAAACGUAGGAGGAGAAUAGAAAUUUGGAGAAUAAUUUUGUACAUUUUCUACACGAGGAGACGAGAUGCGGGGGACGGGAUGCUGUGUAACACGUAUGUAACAUAGAGAGCAGAGACGAUCUCCACCUGCUAGACUUCCACUUUUUUUCUGCAUUUGACUUACGUACCCCAUGCAGAAGCACUUUUAUCUUCUUUCUCUUCUUUUGUGUUGACGGGAAUAAGAGGACACGCCCGCACGUCUUGUGCGUCUUUUUCUUUUGAAAUAGAGCGUCUUCUGUAAAGAUCGACUCCUUCCCCGCUCGGACGUCCUUGAUUGAUCCCCAGCGUCACGGCCAAGCUCUUCUGCUUUCUACUUCAUUGGUUUCUUUAGCAACUCUACUACUUUUUCCACUUCUUUUUUUCUCUGUCAUGCCUCCGUGAUGGUACUGCAGUGAACGCUAAAAAAACACACGCACGGUAUUCCCGUACUGUACUGCCUAAAUGCAGUAUCUUUGCUUAUCAUUGGUGCUUGAAAUGUACACCAGUGCUAUUUGGGACCCCCCCCCCCCCCCCCCCCCCCCCCCACACACACACACACACACACCCCCCAGACAAUCAACCCCGAUGAGCUCUGAUAAUGACAUGACAUGAUGCCGUGUUGACACGAACAGGGUUUUCAACUUUCAUUUCAUUUGUUUUAAUGCUAUUAAAAAUCAUGCGCAUGACUUUCACAUGGGAGACUAAUAAUAAUAAUAAUAAUUGAAAUAAAUAUAUAUAUAUUUUUAACAAUGAAAACAAAGUUCCUAAUGUGCCAGUUAUUAUUAUUAUUAUACAUAAUGAAAUAAUGAGCUUUCUUGAGAUGUAAAACAAAUAUUAUUAUAUAUUUUAAUAUUAUAAUAAUAAUAAUAAUGAUGGCACAUGAGAAGAAUAUUUUUUGUAAUAUAAUGGGAAAUAACUUUUUUACAUUAAAAAAAUGAUUAUUAUUCAUUACAACUGUUACCGCAUUACAAUAACUUUGCAUUAAAACUAUUUUUUAAAAAUCUAAGAAGAUAAUUCGCACUUUAGGACCUUUCCUUAAAUGGUUAAAAAACCUGAUAAUAUAUUUUAAUAUAUGAAUAAUAUAAUGAUACAUAUUCCAUGUUUGAAACACUUUUGUAUUAAUAAUUAGCACGCCACAAGAUUUGUAUCAUCAAUAACAUAAUGCUAAAUAAGUUUUUGACAUAAAAAGCUCUUAAUGUGCUAUAGUUACUGUGUUAUUAUUAAUAUUAUUCCUCCCAUUGUUAUACGCUGUAUUACAGGACUUUCACAUUCGCAACUAUUUUACAUGUUUUUUUUUAACAAGAGCAAAAAUACAAUAAAAUAAUAUGGUAAAAAAAAUAACAGGCUUUGCUACACAUCUUAAAAUAAGGUCGGUGACUGAUAAUCAUUUGUCGCGCAAGAUUCUAACGUGGAAAGUAUUGGAAUGUGCAAAAGUUCCACGGUGGAAGUACAUGUGGAAGUCUUUCAACGGGCAGAAUCGACAGUAUUUUCCUCCAGGGGGUGGAAUGUGUCACACUGAAAUCCAAAAUAUCUCCAAAGUACCUUUCUACUGUACCUCCAAAGACACACACACACACACGUUAAGAGUGUCAGGAAUACUCAGCAGUACUGCUAAAUACUCUUCCAGUGAGAAUUACUGUUGCUGUUCUUCUUUUGUUAUUUGCUCCACCUUGAGGCAAUCAUCCCUCCUAUGACCUCACUCUCCUGUGACCUCUGCCAAGGACAUUAAUGACCGGAGCUCACGCUUGAGCUCCUCAUCACGACCCCGGUGGACUAUGCACGCCAUCGUCCUUUUCUUGCUUUCUUUCACUCGUUAUCGCCGCCCGAAAACGUGAUUGUUUGCUCUCUCUCUCUCUCUCUCUCUCUCUCUCCUUAAUAUCCUCCCAGAUGUGCUUGAUGAUAAAUCUAUAGAGUAAGUCUAAGUGAUGUACAUCUGACCCCCCCCCCCCCCGUGACAUGGGCGGGCUCCAUGCUGUCCAACCCACCAUGUGCUGCUUCUAUGGAUGUACUCCCUAAAAAACACCAAUAAAAGAUUCUUCUCA